UCUCUCUCUCUGUCCCUCUCUCUCUUUCUCUCUCUCUCUUUCUCUCUCUCUCUGUCCCUCUCUUUCUGUCUCCCACUCUGUCAUCCACGCAGAUUUUUGCCCUCUGGUGUCAGACAACAUCGCCAAUAACAAAGCUUCUCUGGCAUUGCAAGUGAAGGGCGAAAAGGCAAAUGGAAACACUUCAGACAACCAUCAGCCACAUCGGGGAGACGGCACCUUACAAAAAGCCCCUAACAGAUGGAAAGAAGCGACAAAGUAUUGACAGUCAAACUGAAGAAUCAAAUUAUGUGGAUCUGAACAAUCUUUUGGAUAUGAAAUUGGAUGGCACGAAAACAGUCAAAGUGACUUUUACGGGUGAAGGGAAUCAGUUGGCAAUAUUCAAAUGUCAGAGUGACACGUCAACCCUGGGUGACGGAAGCCCUGGCAAACGUAAGGAACAAGGCAAUAUCACAGAGACCCCCUCUAAAGACUGUCACCCGGACCAUUCGAAGGACGCCAGGGUGGAACAGCGUGACAGCGUGAACUCUUCACCGAAUCCUGACGAUGAGAUUUCAAACGCUGACAUGCCUACCACGGAGACUGACCCUCAAACUGAACUCAUCCUGGAAGAUUAUAAUCCACAAAAUGUUUCUUGCGAAAGCGAGGAGCUGCGCUACACGGACAUGUACUUGAACAGUCAGAGUGAGUCGGAAGAUAGCUCCAGUAGCGUGGUGUUAUCUGAUCAAUGUACGUCCAAUACCUUUGCAGAUGAAUCCCAUUAUAUUACAACGCACGAAAUUCAAUUGACAGAGUUAGACCAUGAUGUGGACUACGAAAUUGGCCGUGGGCCGUGUUGGGAUUAUGAGGACGACAAUCUUGUGUACUCGUUUGUGGAUUAUGCAUCUUUUGAAAGCGACUUGACAACGGAGGGGACAUUGAUUCUGGAUGGAACUGGUAGAAUUGGUAAAGCAAAAAUCACCAAAGCGCACUCGGUUAAUGCGGGCCAAUGUGGUGCUGGCGGAACAGCUGUCAGCACCGAAAGCGACGUGUGUGACUCAGACAAAUGUGUGAGUUCAGAUGAAAGCGUAUGUAAAAACAACAAUGGUGGCAAGACCUCACCAGGGCAAAUUCACCUGUCGAUCAAAACGUCCUCCAGGGCAAUAAACGAGUCCAACAAUAUUCAGGACAAUGAAAACAUCUGCUAUCAUGCCAGACGCAUGGGCGAGAGGAGUCAGUACUUUUUCAAAGGCUCGGACUCGGGCAGGGAGGCCCUGUUUGACCGGGCGCACUAUUUCAUCCCGGCGCCCGGCCGCCAGCACCUGGCCCCUCAAUUAAAAGGAAAAGAUAUUAACGAAUACUCCAGUGGCGCUUCAAGUUCAGUCAGCGAGUUAGAUGACGCUGAUAAGGAGGUUCGCAAUUUAACAGCGAAAUCAUUUAGGAGUUUGGCAUGCCCCUACUUCGAUGCCAUCAAUUUGAGCACGUCCAGUGAAUCUUCAGUGUCAGAGCAUGGGAUAGGCUUUAACAAGUGGUCGGCUUUUGUGGAUCUGAAUUAUGGUAACAUCACUCAGGGACGCGAGAAACGUCUGAUUUCCCACAGAAGUUCAACUUUUGAGGUGAAUAAGAAUACAGAGUGCAAAACCAUAAAUGGUGUGGCUAAUUUAAAAGCGCCUCAAACAAAGACGUGUUCCCAAAACAAUAACAAACUGUCCCGGUCAAAUAUUCAAAAGGAGUCUUCUGCUACAAAGAAAAUAGAAAUCAGGGGACAAUAUGACAAUCAAGGUCAGGGUGAAAUGAUCACUCUGACAGAGACGUUAAACUUUAGCUGUAAUGUUGAAGCGGGACUACCAACGUGUAAAAGGCCUGCAAAAUGCGUAGAAAAUACCGCAGGAUCACGUUCCGCAGAUGAGGUUACCGCCGGCAUCAUGCCAUCGGGGCCAGGGAGUGAAGCUGCCAAUCCUCACAGUGACUGCGGGGACACUGUGGACGAUACACACAAGAAAGCCAUUUUUGCCUCAAGUCUGCUAAAAAAUGUCAUCUCGAAAAAAAUGCAGUUUGAGCAAGAGCGCAAAAUGGAGAGAGGGGAAAUACGUGACACACACCCCGUUCAAUCACCUUGCUUCCAGACAAAAGACCCGGACACACCGAAAGAGCAAAGACAAAGUUCUGACACAGAUUCAGGACUAGUUGCUCUCAAUGAACUGGGCGAAGUAGUGGAUACUUUGUCAAAUAUGGACCCUAAGGAGCAACGGGGUCAGUGCGCAACGGAUUCUACAGCGGAAUCCACGCCGGAGACUCCUGAUGAUAUCGUGUGUACGUCUAACAAUGAUUUAUGUGAAAUUAAGAAGGCACCGCUUGCUCAGAGCCAAAACAGUGCUUUCAAAUCCUGGAAGGACGGCGAACAAAGUGUUAAUAUGGAACAGGGGAAUAACAGAGAGGAAAGUACCACAGAAAAGUCUUCUCCGACACCCGGGGUUUCGGAGGGGAAGGAGAGCCAGUCAGUAAGCGGCAAAUUAACAAAGAUGUCGCACUUGUAUGUGCCAAGUUCACAGCUUCUCUUCAAAGACAAGGAGGGGGGACAACAGAUGCAAAGUGAAAAUAUACACGAUGCCGUCACGAAGCAGGGAGAGGGUAGAGAGAAAAAUUCUUGCAACCUUGAUAACACCGUGGAUACGUCUGCAGUAUCACAAGCCAAAAAGGCACCCGAAAUCAAAAUACGGUUACGCAGCAUUAAAGAAAACAAAAACAAUCCCUUUAACAUAGCCAGUCUACUUACUCCCAAUAUCGGUUUAAGUUCAAUGUACCCCUUAAAAACGGCGUCUGAAUCCAAAUGUCAGAUGCUGUCACUGUCCGAUAAAGUGCCCCAUUUCACAGUUCGCGACAUAAGGGAGAACAAGGGGAAGUUUCAAACACCAAUUCACCAAGUUCGUGACGUGCGUAAACUGGUCAAAAGUUCCUAUAGGUUUGUAUCACUAGAAAACACCGAAAAAAAAGCAGCCACAUCGGCCUCUCUAUUGAAAGAAGAUAAAGUUGGCAUAUAUAAGAAGGAACCGGACAAAAAGCUUUCCCAGUCACCUAUGACUAUUAAGUGUCAUUCUGUUAAAAAAAGCAGCAAUGUAAUCGAGACUUCAAAAAUGGGACAAGUACAGUGCGCAUCCGAAUCAGAUAGGUUGUCACCUAAACAAUUGUCCGACUGCAUGAAAAACGAAAGCGUAGUUGCAAGUCGGAGUAUGGGUAGAACUUCAUGCGUAAAACCACCCUACAGUGACCAAACCGAACUAAAAAUCGAAACGAAAGCAGCGAAACAAAGACAAGAUAAAACAAUCGAAGGCAUAGAAAAGAAAUCCGAGUCUAAAGUGACAAAUCAGGCUGCUCUAGAGAAGUUAAAAGCUGCAGUUAAAACAAUGGAACAGCUUUAUGUUUUUGACCGCAAUGAAUGGAAGCGCAAGACACAGGCACCGCGACCUGUCACAGACAGUCACGUUUUAUCCCUCAUUACCAGCGAAGAACAGGGUGGGUCAGCAAAAACAGAAUCGGAGGAUGAACUCGGCAAAAUCGCUGAAAAUGAGAGGCCAGUGAGCUCCAUAAUAAACCCUCCGGUCUUGGCCAGCACUCUGCAAACAGGUGUCGCCCAUUCAACUGAGGAUAACAUGAAUUUGAAAUCAGCCACGUUUAGCCAAGAGGAAUCAAGCAUAAGUAAAACAUCGUCUGUCCAUGGUGAAAGGUUUAAUAACAAAUGUGUGUUUAAUUUUGGCAGCAGCUUAAAAGUGCCUGCCAGCAGUGGCCCAGCAAAAAUGAGUGUAAAACAGACUUGCCCUGCACCACAGGGUGUCUCAACCAGCAAAACUAUAGCUCCUAAAUUUCAAAAAGCCCGGCUGUCCUUAAAAAUCACACCCUCUAAAAGAGAAUCUGAAGAAAAGCCGAUGCCCAAAAGUGCUGAAAACCCCCACCAUCCUCAGCCCAGCAAACAUGCACUUGCUGAGACAGAGAACUACUUGACCAUCCCCGUCAAAGCUUGCACCACAGACACAUCCUCUGCCCCUGCCAGUGCCAGUGGGAAGCCAGGCCCAUCCUCAGUCUCCAGCAAACUUGGAACAUCCAGCCACCACCAGCGGCAGUCCUUACAGCGCUCCCCCAUUAUCAUGGAGUCUUGGGCUCCGGACAGCCCCACUAGCACUACCAUAUAUCACCAUUCCCUCCCCGUCCCCCUGGCUGCUGCUGGGCCUCAGGUCUUCUGUAUCUCCCCCUCUUUGGUGCCUACUGUGUCUGAGCCCAUGCUGCAGCAGCAGCAGCAGCAGACCCAGAAGAAGAUGCUGCUAGACCCCACCACAGGCCACUACUACUUGGUGGACACACCGGUGCAGCCAGCCACCAAGAGACUGUAUGACCCCGAGACGGGGCAGUACGUGGACGUGCCCAUGCCCCCUCCCCAGACCCUUACACCCAUCCCCAUGCCCAUCACUCCCCUGGCACUCAGCCCUAGUGCGGCCUUUGCCCCCACAUACAUGAUCUACCCCGGCCUGAUGGCCUCCCCCACAGCCUUCACUACUCACUCCCUUUCAUCCUCCACACAAUCAGAGGGAGACGGGGAGAGGUUGCAGGACAAAGACGCAGGGGCACGGGCAGACGUGGGGGGCAUGCACCCUCAGGGUCACUCCCCAUUGUCCUGUGGGGGUAGGGGGGUUUCAGGUGGCCCUGGCGGGAAGCCGGUCAUCAGCAUCACAACACAACAAGGCCCUCGCAUCAUCGCCCCGCCCUCCUUUGACGGAACCACUAUGAGUUUUGUGGUGGAGCAUCGAUAACUGGUUACCCACUUGAUCUCUCCCUCUCUGGAAUUUCUACUGGUUCUGUCCAUCCAUUUUAUCCAUCUGUUUUACUGUCUGAAACAAAUCUGUCUACAGUCUUGUCCACAUGUAUUUCCAGGCGGAACUGUAUCCAUUCUACACCAUGUUCCCUGUCUAGUUGCUUGUUGUUGAAUUGUUCACAGUUGUGUAAAAGUCAUGCCAGCUUAUCAGUAAUUCCCUGUAUUGUAAAAAAUUACGCCCUGUGGGGCAGUGCACUUUCUCUAUGUGUAGAGUAGUUGAUCAUUGUUUUUAAGAUGUAGAAGUGCAGUUGGUUCUCCAGAAUUGUACGUGCUGAAAGAAAAUGUUGUCAUCCUCCACUGCUUUCUGGUGUAAAAAAAAAGAAAGAAAAAAAGGUUGACAUCCCAUUGCUGAUCAACAAGCCAUGAAUCAUAUACACAGGCAGUUUAGAAUUUUGAAUUAGUUGUAUAUGUGGUUGCUGAGUAGGAGCGUGAGACAUGAAUCUUUGUGAAUUGGUUGUAUGAAGUAUGAAUAGCAAAGAAUGUUGAAAUAUAUCAUCUUUAUACAGAAAACAUCUGUCUGGUUAAUAGUUAAUGCUUUCACAAAUUCCAGUGACUCUUGAAAUAAAAUAUUGAAUUAAGCCUAUCAUGACCUUGGGUUAACAGCCUGUCGACCAACAUGUUGUUAUAAAAAGAACCCAAAACGUUGAACAACAAGGACAGACUGUUUUGAGUUGCCAUCGCAUGACAGGAGCAGCAUAGCCAGACCAAAGACUCAAACUUGAGCUCUUCUCUCUAUCUCUCAUCUAGAUGCAUUACUGUAUCACUGUGCAAUCGGUCAUUGCUGCUUUUUCUGUGGCCUUAGCCUGUUAAAAUUAUUGUCUUUUGUUCUUUUCCAUUACAUUCUUGUUGCUCUUUCUGCAAAUAUGCAGUUAUUUGGUGAUAAACACACAGUGUGUGUUGACUGUAAUUGCUUGGACCUGAUUGGAGGUCCUCAGCUUGAGAGAGACGUUGCAGGACUACUCAGCCAAAGAGUUGAGUAUCGGGAGGGAUUCAGGAUUUUGUCUGAGAGGGAUAGGGGAAUAGUCUCCUCUAUGAGUGUUUUUGAAAUGGUUCUGAGAAAGAACAUAUCGAAAGGUUAAUGAAACAUGUUUGAGUUUCAGUUUAGAGCUUUAGGUUUUGUGUACAUAUAAUAGCAAUGGCAAGGCUAGAUAAAAAAUUAAAAUGAUUGCACAAAUUGAGCAGUAUAUGCUUUAGAUGAGUGUGGACAAUGAAGAGUAUAAAAUAAUUUAAUAAUGACUUGUUUUUGACCCCUUACCGCGCUGGCUAUUCAAAACCCUCACUUUGAACCCCACUCUGAGCAAAUGGAUCAUAUUUAAAAAAUUCACACAGUUGUAACAGUUCACACACACUAUGCACACUGUGUUUUGCGGUAUCUCUCUCUCUCUCUCUCUCUCUUUCUCUCUAUCUCUCUCUCUACUUCACUAUAUUCUCACUAUAGUCUCAGUUCUCAGUUCUCUAUGUCCAGAUUGAAUCAUUCUUAUUCCCACUGUAUUCAAGUCAACCUCGGAGUCUGAGUACUAAUGAAUUGAGGUAAAUCAUUCAGAUAUAUCAUUUGUUUUCUUCUUAUCUGCCAUGUAUGUAUUAAGUUUCAAAGCACACAGAUCGUUCACAAUGAAUGUCUGUCCUGCUAUGACCGAACAUUGUGAUUUCUGAAAUGUUUUCCUUCUUUUUUUUUGUCCCCUUGUGGAGUUUUUGUUCAGCUUUUCACAUAUUAAGUAAUGACCACUUUGACAUGAAUGUCAUUUUUCUUCUUCUAUUUUUCUUCUGGAGGACAUUUCCUUGUUCAAAUCAACAUGCCGGGAACUCUUUCUUUCUUUCUUUCUUUCUUUCUUUCUUCCUUUCUGUCCGAAGUGCUUUAAGUGUUUUUUGUGUUCAUUUGUGUCUGUUUUAGUUUUCCAGUUGUACAGUCCUGUAGACCCGGCAGGGUUUCAGGCAUUUUGUCAUGUAAACCUCAAGCCUCUGGGGCCAGAUACAAUCCUGAGUCAUCCGUUGUGGACGUAGGUUACAUAGAGCUGCAGGUCAGUCUAUUUGCCUGCCAUCUGAAAGAAUGGUUUUCAUACACUGUGUCAUCUUUUGUCAUCUGGAAGAUUUACAUUUCAGUAGACAUGGAAGUUCUUUUUUUGUUUGUUUGUUUUUGUUAUAUUAUCAAGGCACACAAGUUAAAGCAGCAACAAAGUAAAUAAUGAGACAAUGUGGUCAGUAAUUAUUUUUCGACAACAACAGACAACUGACAUCAUUUUUAUAUAAUUUUUUAAUGAAAGAUUUAUGAAAAAGCUUUAUUCAAUUUGGGCACCACCUCUUUUUACAUGCAGACAGUGCCUUCUUUUUACUUGUUCUCCAUGCCCUACCUGCUUUCAAGAAUUCAGUAGAAACAAAUUCUUAAAAAGAAUUCUGUCAAUCAAAAUACGUCUCUUCACUGCCCACACGGACAGUCCUUAAUAUCAUACGCAAUUUAUUCUUAAUCAUAUAUGGAUAUAAGAGCUAUCAAAGUCAGGACUGUUUGAUCACGAGAAGUAAAGUAAAAAAAAAAAAUAUAUAUUUUAAAUAUUUUCUGCUGCUGGAGCCAUGUGGCAUGGUCUGUCGGAUGGAUUUGAAGUGCAAUACAUGCAUUACAAAAUUAGAUAUGUUAUCACCAGUGUGAAACACUGACUUGGCACUUACUGAAAUAAAAGAGGCAUAAAUCUGGUCCUAAAUGGGACUUGUUUAUGUCCACCCAUGACAGAUGAGCUAAUGCUAGAGAUGGUUAUGUACCGCUGUCCUCUCUAGUGACUGCUAACACCACUGCAAGCUGCAUCUUUUCUGUCAACCUCUGACGAGGUAUACAUGGCAAGGACACGAGGGAUGGGCUAUUUGAGCCUAGGCUCUAUUUGGCGGUCCAAAAAUGCCAUGGAAAUGUUUUAUUUUUGUUUUUAUUAAUCUUUUUGAAGACUACAGGAAAAAACAUUAUAAAUAGAAUCAUAAAUCAUUCUGAUUGGUUAGGCUGAAUUGAUUGUUUUUUGACGUUUGCACACAGCACACGGGAAAUUGGUGUGACAUACCUGUACGUCUGAUUCAGCCACACACACACACACACACACACACACACACACACACACACACACACACACACGCGCACAUUGACACGUAUGCAUAUGAAUGUACAAGGAAUAACAUGUAAUCCAACACCGACCCCCUCAGCUCCCUAUGGUUCUGCUCUGAGGGGGAAACCUUCGGAGGCGACACAUGGUGAAAGCUUGCAUUUACAGUAGGGCAGGAAUGCCACGGGACGGAUUUAGACACGUGCAGAUGGAGAGAGGAAUGUUUGGAAAUAUUGUGAAGUGAUGACACCAGUCCAGGAGUGGAACCGAGCAGGACCGCACGAGUACACUGGGUCCUGGAAGGCUGGACUGGAGAGAGAGAGGCCAUGGGUCGACAACCACAAUCAGAAGGCCACGUGAAGACGAACAUUAUGAGAGGUGUGUGACAGGAAGAAUGAACGCAAGACAAUGUUGACACUGUCAUGGGAAUAAACUGUAUUGCAAGACGUCUAGUGUUGUUUAAUACUUAUGUUGCACCCUAUGUUUGCCUGGAUUAUUUUGUUUGACUUUUGAUAGGUGCUUUGAUGUUAAAUGAUGCCGUACUGGUGUCAUUCACUCAGUGUCACUGUGUUAUUAUCUUUUAUAAUACCAGGUUUAGGUGCCAAUAUAUUCACUUUAAUUAUAUGUACCUGUAGUAUUUCAUUUAUUUUAAC